GCCCACAUACGGUCCGUUCCGUUAGGGCGAUAAGAGACCCAACUUCUCAAGACUCUGCUUCCAUGGCGUCCUCUACAUCUUCUCGAAGCAGGAGCUUUAGGCAUGGUCUUUCAGAGAAGUUACAUCGUUUUCGUCGGAAACUCCACCAUCCCGAUAAUGGCCAAACACCAUCGCUGCAGAACCUCGAUAUAUCUCAGAAUUCCCACUUACAAGCGAACGGAGUGUUGAUGAACUCGACUGUAGCUGGUUCUGAUAGUGUCCAGGCCCGAACAAGUCAAAUCUGUCUCCAUUCGGAUCACCUCGCGCAAUCUCUCAAUCCAUCAAACCUCGAACACGACACUCGGUGUACAAUCCCAUCAUCUGAUCUUUGGAGUGAAGCAUAUCGUGAGGCUGUAGAAAGUCUUGGAAAGAACAUUGAUAUGGCCAUUCUCGCGAGCAGCAGUGCUGCCCAGCUAUUUGCAGAACUUGAAGGCAUUGAUAAAGAAAAAACUCAACAAUCAGCUUUCCUGCGCGGUGUGGCCUAUCUACGCUCUAUACAGGUGCCGCUCGAAAGAUUCAAGCUGGCAUUAGACCUAGCGUCUCCUCUUAGUAAUUUGGAUCCGACAGCGUCAACAGUCAUUGGUGUUGCUAGGAGUGUGACAGCAAUUGCAAUAACCUUAGCAACUGCAGAUUUGGAAUUUGCAAAGCAAAUUGGUGAGAUGUUGGAGCAAAUUUCCUAUAUUGAUGAUUGCGACACGCUUGGACAGCGAGUGAAUAAGACUGACAUUCAUGAGGCACUUGUUCAUGUUUACCAAAAGCUCCUGGAAUUUUACAGGGUUGCCUACGAUAUACUCAUGCAGAGAGGAAGGAAGUUGGCGAUAAAGAUGGUUUUGGAGACUGAUCGUCUGCCGAACAUUAUCCAAGACUUCUUAGUACGUGCUGAAGUCCUUCGAAAACUUAUCGAGAAAUCUACGUGGGAGAUUGUUGAGGAUAUCAAGUCUAUGCUUUAUGAUCGUGAGAUUGCCAGGUGGCUAGACAGCAGCCGAUUGAAUCAGCAGGUCCGAUACCACAACCAUUUGAAAGAGCUUCGAAGCGAUGAGGCUUGCAGGUUCCUACUCGAGCAUCCUAACUUCAUCGAAUGGUGUGAAGCCUCCGAAUCUCAACAACUAGUAGUUCUUGGUGAAAUGGGUUGCGGCAAAACGGUUGCCAUGACAUUCGUUGUGGAUGAGUUGAAUCAAAAGAAUGCAUACCAGAUACCUAGGCCGAAAGUGUGCUACUACUACUGCCGAGACGACGGAAGUGGACAAGUCGUCAACAUCUUAUCAGGACUGAUUCUCGCGCUUCUUGAACAGCUACCUGGCCUAAAGAAGACAUUUUACGAAUGGUACAAAGAAAAUCAAACUUCCGGAACCCUUGAGCCGGCAACAAGUGCCAGCAAGCUAGGAGAAUUUUUGGAAUUGGUUCUGGCGACAUUCGAUCGUAUGCUCUUCAUUAUCAUCGAUGGACUUGAUGAGUGCGACAGAAUCUCAAGAAGAACACUUUUGCGAGUACUAGAAGACUUGCUGAAGGAAACCCCACAGCUUAAGAUUCUCUUAUCUUCACGACCUGAAGAGGAAAUUAUGGCGCAGCUCGGAAAAACGACUAAAAUCUCUAUGGAGUCCAGCAUUUACAGAGAUACUGUCAUCGUCCGGCAUACAGUGCAGGAGCAAUUGCCCUAUUUGUCAGAGUCUGUCAGGGAACUUGUUGUCGAAAGUUUGUCUCGUUCCGCACAAGGAAGUGCCAUUUGGACGAAAAUGACUAUUGAACUCAUUGAAGUACGCAAGAUCAACGCGCUCGCACCAAUGCGACUGUUCCUGGGCAAUAUGUCUUUGCCAGGCCACCUUUCAGAGCUUUAUACGACCUUACUCUCACGAAACUCGUCAAAUGAUACCGAAAAUCGAGAGCUCGCAGCUUUAGCUUUGAAGCUUCUCGCAGCUGCAUGUAGGCCUCUCAGUAUCCAAGAGCUUACUUGGGCUGUGGCGUUGGCUGUUGCCCACCACGACAUCAACACUGUCACUGCUCUCGCAGAAUCUGUAGACCACCAGAGAGUGAUGAGCCUGAUAUAUCCAUUCAUCACUCGAGUGGAUUUUGCAGAUCUCAGAAAGCGUCAGGUCCGACUUGUUCAUCAGUCGGUGAAGGAAUUCAUAAUACGAGACUGGUCACAUCUCAAAGAAUUCGAUACAUCGACAACGCCUGAUGCUCCUCGAACUGAGCGUUUAGAAGUGUUCAUGUUGGAAAUAUGCAUAAAAUAUCUUCUGUUGCAAGAAAUUGGCACUAUCCCACUCUUCUCUGAUGAGCAAAUCGCAAUCAACGAGCUCCCUCAAGAAGUUGACCUAUUUGAGGACCGAAAAUCUUUCGAGUACGAUGUUAAUUGUACAUGGGAAGUGUGGGAAGAAGACAUGAUACGCUAUGACCCGACUGAGCGGGGCUUUGGUGAAUUCUUCGUUUACGCAUCCAGCUACUGGCUCAAACAUUUUGGCGCUAUCGGACACGAACCUUUUCCAUAUUUGGGAAAGAUACACAGAUUGUGUCAAGUGGGCUCGAUGCGACUGCAUAACUGGAUCAAUCAGAAUUGUCGCCCAGGCUGCGCGAUUAAGGCCAGAUUCGAUUUUGACAGUCGUUUGCACGAUCCUCUUAGCAUUGCUUCACUUUACGGCUCGGAUUCAAUCCUCCACUACAUGCUCGAGAAUUCAGAUUUUGAUGCAGACAAUUACCUUCCUUUAACAGCCUUAAAUGCUGCCGAUCAAAUAUUGCAGUGGGGUGAUCUAUCAAGGCUUAGAAUGCUCUUCUUCAAUGGCAAGAUCUGUCAUCAGCUUCAGGAUCUUCAGUUCUUCCAACUCAUUAUUAAGAGAUGGUUCCAAUCUAGAUCUCGCCAUGAGAAUUGGGAAGAAGCUUUUGAUCUUGUAGAUAGUGUGCUGGACACACUUGUAGAUGGGCAGUGGGGUAACGAGCUUCUUUGCGUAGCGGCCCGGGCUGGCUGUUUACCAAUGAUUCAGCGGUUGUUGAACCGAGCAAAACAGAUGGAAGUGCUGAAAACUGAAUUGUGGCGUAACUCACGGCCAAUCAGUGAAGCUAUACUGGGAAACCAUGUCGUUGCACUGGAAUAUUUGCUCGAUGGGAUGUGCUUAGAAUUAGACAUUCCAAGCCCAAAUUCCGAACGUGAAAAUCUGUUGGGUAUAGCAUCUGCCCACAGUAACCCAGCAAUUUUGCGUCUUUUGGCGCCCCGCCUGUAGAUUUUCAUACAAUAGGCUGAUAGUCAUGGCAAUGCGGUUCUCACGCAGAAUAUUACGAGUGAAUUGGACUCCUACGGCCGGCAUGAGGCUGCAAAGUCACUCCUGUGGUAUAUCUGUAAUGAUUCGACUGUUCACAUUACGGAAAAACAAUAGGAUUCUUCAAAUAUAUGUGUGCAGCUCGGGAAUAAUUGGAUGUUCUUUAACUUAGGAGUUGUGCGAGUGCAAGUAGAUUCAAUCUCAAUUAUAGCUAGCGGCGAUGUAGAACUAACUGGUAGCGAUUGUGUACGGAGCACGUUUUUGAAAGAAACAAAAUUAAGUAACCCAAAUUGGCGCUUGAGCAGACACAAUCUUGAUAUUGGG